CUUAUGCUUUUACAUUUUUUAAGCUAUCAAAACGCUUAUAUGUAGAUUGUAGAAUCAUGUUUUUACUGCAUCAAUCAUCAUGAAAGAUAGGAAAGAAAUAAAUGUAUUAUUAAAAAAUGUAGAUUAAUUUCUCAGUAUACGAGCAACUUUCUUUUAUGUGUAUGGAAGAACUAUGAAAUUACUUCUAGAAUUAUUAAUUAGUUGCUAAAAUGACCAGAAAAUUAUUAAGAAGCAGUUGCAACUUGCAAAAUGGUGUGUAGGUAAAUGGAUUAUAAGAAUAUAUAUAUAUAUAUAUAUAUAUAUAUAUAUAUAUAUUAUUAUUAUUAUUGAUUUUUCACCUUAUCUAAAGAGUAAAGACUAAAGUUGCUGGGGCCCACAGCUUUAAAUGAAUGAGCGUGUAGUGCGAAAAAUUAGCAAGGUCGUUGGUCGUUAAGUAAAUGGAUUAUAAGAUUUUUUAUUUUUUAUUUUCCACCUCAUCAAAAGUUGUUGGGGCCCACUACAGGCAGGUACGGCGACGACCCUUUUUCCUUCCUUUUAUAUGCUUUCCCCUUCUGCAACAAACCAACAGAAUCAGAGAGUCUCAGAGAGUGUAGUUUGGAAAGCGACGAACCAACCAGCCAGAAAGGAAACAAUCGCCAUUUCCGCUCUCUUCUUCUUCUUCUUCUUCUUCUUCUUCCCUGUUCUCUCCGCUUCGGAAGAUCGAAAUUCUUCGGCGGGAAGCCUAUUCAGAGAAGUUCUUGCUACCAUGCUGACUACCGCUGUUCCCAUUCACGCGCCGCCGGUGCUCUUGACCUCCCCGGCCUCCUCCAGAGCCAGAAGCAUUCACAAGCUCUUCACUGUCACCGCUUCUCGGAGAAUGGCGAUGAAUUCUGGGUCUUUCCUGACCAAGAAGAGGGAAGAGCUUUCGCUACACAUACGUCACCCCGCGGCUUUUGAUCCAAAAGGGGACGACACGCCCACUCGGCCUGAUGAGCACCGCCUGCAGAUACCCGAGCAGGAUUUGGUGGACAUUGACAAGAUGGAGUUCGGGGAAUUCGUUGCUAGAGAGGCUUUAAUUGAUGAAGAAUACUGGAUGGCAGGCUUAAUGCGAGGUUUAAGCCACUGGGAGCAUCGACCUGAAUUCAAAUUUGCUCCUAGUCUGCAGGCGGAAGCUGCGAAUCAGGGGUGGCGGGAGUUCCUUGCCAUUAGAAGGCAAUCCAUUGGUCCAUUUGGCCAACAGCCUAAGUGCAUAAUCACACUGAGAAAGCAAGUUGGGAUGGAGAGACGCACAAUAGUGGAAAGUGUGGUUGGGACUCUGGACUUGAGCAUCCGCUGGUUGCAGCCUGGAGAGAUCUUCCCUGGGGUAUAUGGAAAGACUCUAGGCAGAUACGGUUACGUUUCCGACUUGACGGUCCCGAGGUUUGCUCGUCGUCAUGGGAUAGCGACUAACAUGAUGCGGUUUGCAAUUGAAACGGCCAAGUCUAAUGGUGUGGAAGUUAUGUACGUUCAUGUGGAUAGAAACAACAAACCUGCAUUGCAACUUUUUGAGAAGAUUGGAUUUGAGAUGAUUGAAGAGGCAAGUGAAGGACUGGUGGAAGACAACACUUACAUCCUACGUUGCAGCUUGUAAAGAUGAGUACAGAUUUGGUGAUACAGGAAAGGAGUUCAGUUUACAAAGCAGAGAACCAGCACUGCAUAGGCCAGAGUUUAUUACUAGUUUUGACAGGAAUUUGAUCUGAUAAUGUGUAGACUUAGAUUUGGCAAUUCAGCACCAACCUAUGCACAGACAUUUCUUGAGAGGGAAGCAUACAAAUACCAUGUAUCGAUCGAUCUAAUACAGUUUCAGAACAGCA